AUGAAGUUGAAUGUUGAAACUCCUCCUAAUGAAAUUGACUUACUUGAGGCGACUGACUCCCAUGUUGGUUUGAAGAAAUGCAAUAGCCCAAAGAUCACAACCAAUGAUUAUUUUAGAUCCAUUGUUGAGGGAGAGGAACUGGUUGAAUCAUUAUUUUUUAAUGAAGAAUCACAAAAAUUGACUUUAGAAACUAAAGAAGAGUAUUCUGAAACAAGCGCUGCCACAGAUACUCACAUUGGAAAAACAUCACCGCCACUAACUUCAAAAAAUGAAAUCAAUGAAUUUUUAUUUGAGUUUGGGAUCGAAAAUACUGGAAGCUCUUGGUCUGUUCAAGAUAGUGUUGAAGAUAAAAAACGCAAAACUUCUGAUGCCCCGAUGCCUGAAUUUCCCAUUGGUCUUCAAAAGUUACCUGAACAACGAAUGAAAAUAGCAUCUGAAAAAGGUUUGAAGUUCAACUUGAUGAUUAUUGGCCAGUCAGGCCUUGGAAAGUCUACUUUUAUUAAUACUUUAUUCAACUGUGAUAUUUUCCCUGUUAACGAAAAAGAAGAAUCUGUGAAUGAGUCUAAGUUGAACCUAAAAUUCUAUCGUGCCGAAUUAUACGAAGAAGAUUUUAAACUAGAUCUUACAGUGGUAAAGUAUCCUGGAUUUAGUGAUUUAGUUAACAAUGAGGUCAGUUGGAGUCCAAUGUGUGAGUUCAUUGAUAGAAAUAUUAGAAAUUAUAUGUUUCAAGAAGAGCAACCCGAUAGAACGGAGUUGGAAGACAAUAGGAUUCAUUGCUGCAUAUACUUUAUGUCCCCCUCAAACAUGGGAGCCAAGCCAUUAGAUAUUAUAGUCAUGAGAGACUUGUGCAAGAGAGUGAAUGUUAUUCCUGUAAUACCAAAAGCUGAUGGCUAUACAAAAGAAGAGUUAUUGAAGCUAAAGAAGUCUUUUCGUAAGGUUUUUACUCAAAAUGAUAUUAAAAUCGGAAAGAAUUUUGAAGGAUCCGAAGCUUAUCAUUCAAUUGUGGAGACAUAUCCAUACACAACCAUAGGGUCUGAAGGCAGUUAUAGAAAUGCUAAUGGUAUUUUGGUAAGAGGGAGACAAUAUCUAUGGGGAAUCUCAGAGGUUGAAAAUGAAGAGCAUUGUGAUUUUGUUAAAUUACGAAAUCUUUUAAUGGGGGAAAAUUUGUUGGAUUUAAUUUUGAGCACAGAAAGGCUAUAUGAAAUCCAUCGUGAAAGAAUUUGGACCUAUAGGCUUUGGAUGAUAGACUCUCUCUGUAAGGGAGCUGGUUUUCCAAAAUUGAAGAGGGUCCAAUAUAACAGGGCAUUCACGACAGAUAAUGCUUUCAAGGAGGUCGACUACCUACCAAAUGUUGAUGGUUUUGAAAGCUUAUUGAAAAUGACAAAGAUUCGCCUGGAGCAGAUUGAUGAAGUUGCUUCUGAUUAUACACUGGAAUUCUUACAUCAACAAAGUAUCAUGAAAAAGAAGUUUGCAGAAUUAGUUGCCAAUCAAGAUAUGAAAUUCAAAGAGUGGAAAAGAGCAUUAUUCGAAAAACAGAAUGAGUUCAAUCAAGAAAUUGAGGGUCUUCAUAAGAGGUCUUUACAGCUUCAAGAAAACAUUGCCUACUUGAGUGGCAUGAAAAGUAGCUCUAAUGAGUCGGGAACUAGUCUCAAUAUUAGAGCUGCCGUAAAUGAAAGCUCAAGUGAUGAUGGAAAUUCCACGAGACCAGAUGACGACGGCAUCACUGGUAAGUUAUCCAGCUUACAAAAUAAAGAAGAGUCAUCUACCGGAAACCACAAAUACAACAAAAAAAUCUUUAGAGGGAGCACCAAGAGAACCUAA